GAAAAACGAAACGUCACCCGAUAUUUACACUUUCGAAAAUAAUGCAAAAACAAAUAAAAAAAAUGCCUCUACCUAUCUAAUAUAACUAAAUAACAAAAACAAGCAAAAAUACAUUUUUAAACAUGGAUAAGCCAAAAACCAAAGUUGUAAAAUCUAAAUCUUCUAACAGCGCUAUUACUACAAAAUCGGAGCCGAAAAAGCAUAAUAAAAAAAGUCGAAGCAAUGCGGAGUUUCAACCACUAAUACUUAAAAAGAGGGGUGUCUAUGUUGAGAAGAAAGCUACUAAUAUAUCUAUCAAUGAACGUGAUAUCAGUCCAGUUGAUGAAAACUUGCCUGUUCAGUAUGAUUCAGACUUAAUGGCGGCUCGAAACAUCGCGCGGGUCGAAACGCAGGAUUUAAAAACAGAUCUCCCUCUCCUCCCAAAGCUCCCAGUGAGCCCAGUCUGCCCUCGAGCCAUCCCCCGACCAGGCCGAAAGAGGUUCCUCGCCUCCGUGCUUAGCAUCCUCUCAAAAUCCACUACAGGAACCCAAUACCCAGACGCUAACGACUCAGACAAAUUCAAAAGGAUAGAACGAACAAAAAUGAGAUUCAGAAAGAAGAGGGAAGAAGACUCUAUACAAGAAGAGUUCUCUUCUUCAAAUACUUCUAAAAGGAGAGCGAAGUACAGGUCUAGGUACAUCUUCAAUGAUGAUGACAGUGAGUUAGAACAGCUGGUCGUUCUACAAUCUACUAAAGAAAUUACACAUACACCCUCCAAUCAUUCGGAUAGAAGUGAUACUUUUAAAGAUGCGUUAAGCAAGGAGCCUGAAUCUCUAAGAUGGGCGGACGUCUUCCCGACUUUAGGUAAAAAGAAGUUAGACAUUCCUGCUCUAGAGGAUAUCAAAGAAGUGCCACUCAAAAUUCAGGAACCAGUAGUCAAAAUAGUAGAAAGAGACCCGUCGACUAUGGUAGCAGAAGUACCUAAGAAAGACGACAAAAAGUUCUAUAAUUUUUUCGUCGAUCUUUUAGAAACUACUUUCAAUGUUUACAAUGUCAAAACUGAAUUCAAUCCUCCGGUGGCUUCAAGCGUUAAUUCUUCCAAAGUUGCUCUGGAAAUUGACGAAUCAGUCGCGAAAAAGUUGAACAUAAAAAAUAAAGAGCCUGCAAGUGAAGAUGUGAUUAGAAAGCCGUCAUUUAAACACUUUUAUUGCAUAAAACCGGACGGCGAAGGGGGCUGGAAUGAUAAACAAUUACUAGAACAUUUUCAGCCUAAGAGCGUAAGACGAUCUCGAACGACUUCGCCGUCCAAAUCGACGAAAAAAAGACGAAAACUACGAUCAGAGUCUUUCAACAACACAAAACAGAAAGCCUUAACAUUAACCAAUAGCGUGAUCCUACCAAAAAAAGUACUUUUGAAGAAAGAUAGAAAGAAAAACUUUAUUAAUUUACUUAAAGAGCAAUUGCAAAUGGAUGACGAUGCGUUUGAGGAGCCACAGAACUUUUACCAAGCGUUAAAAGUUAUGGCUAGAAAUAAGAGACGGUGUCAGAAGUCUAUACAUUUUCAUCCCAAAAAGUCAAGCGAAGGUGACGUCCACGUGUGCCAAUUCAAACGAAGAAGGUUGCUUUCUGCCAGCACUAAGUCUAGCAGCAAAAAGUCUGGAUACCGCCCCGAAAGUGACUUUAUAAAGAAUUCUUUCAUUAGAAGUUCCGACACGGCUAGUACUAAGAAACAUACGACUAUAACAAUAACUGAGUCUACAGAGAACGAAAUACCGUCACAACAUUCUUUAGAAGUGUUCGGUUUUGAUUAUGAGCCGGUGCCAAGAAAGGUGCCGGAAGUGUACCCAUCUUUUACUCCUUCAGUAUGCACGAGUAUGCAAGACCAAAUGAGUUUUUUGAAAGAAACUGACAGCGGUGCAACCUCUGUGGUGACGGGACGUAGGCAGUUUGCGACAAGACCUUUGAGCCAACUGAUAGAGUAGAGCAUAUGGAAAUUAAUAAAAAAAAUAUAGAA